CCUACUGCUGCUGUGUUUGAGUUUGCUUAAUGUUUUUGGUUCUUCAUAGUCAGAUUUUUACUGGGUCUUGAUACUUUGGGGAUGUGGUCUUUUUUUGGCAGUUCUAGUUAUUGCUUUGUUUUGUUGUUUUCAAGGGGAAAAAACUCAGAGAGAGAGAGAAAGACAGUAAAUUCGAAUUGGUAGUUCAGGGUUCAAAUUAAGCAAACUGUGGAUAACUCCAAUGUUCUUUGAUGUUACCAUCAAUGGAACUAGAAAGAAACUACAAAUGAUUCCUCCCAGUACUUAAUGUUUUAGUUUGCAUUAGAUUGUAAUCUUGUUAUCCUUUUCAUGUCUCAAAUCUAAAAUCAUUUCAUUUCUUUAUGUGCUUGCAGAAUAACUAGAAGGAUAUGGAUAACAAUGGUGAAAUCAAGAAAGAUGUUACUGAAGUAUAUCCUCCUCAUUUUUCCAUGUUAUCUGCUGUUUUGACUUUUAAGUAACAGUAGUUCUGUGUCUCUGCAUCUUCUUCUUCUCCUUGCAGUUAAUAGAAUUGCGUACAGCAUGAUCAAAGAUGCAGAAGAUAAGGGCUUGAUUACGCCAGGGAAGACCAUCCUCAUUGAACCUACAAGUGGUAAUACUGGUAUAGGAUUGGCUGCAAUUGCUGCAAUGAAGGGUUACAGACUUAUACUCACCAUGCCUGCUUCAAUGAGUCUCGAAAGAAGAAUUGUGCUUCGGGCUCUUGGAGCUGAGAUUCACCUUACUGACCCAGCCAAGGCCUUUCAGGGGGGACUUAAGAAGGCAGAGGAGAUAUUAAGUAAAACACCUGAUGGGUAUAUGCUUCAGCAAUUUGAAAAUCCUGCCAAUCCAAAGAUUCAUUAUGAAACCACUGGCCCAGAAAUAUGGAGAGACUCAAGAGGGAAAGUUGAUGCCCUGGUUGCAGGGAUCGGUACAGGUGGUACUGCAACUGGAGCUGGAAGAUUCCUCAAGGAGAAAAACAAAGAGAUUAAGGUGUAUGGUAUAGAACCAGUAGAAAGUGCAGUCUUGAGUGGAGGAAAACAUGGCCCGCAUCUGAUCCAAGGAAUUGGAGCUGGUAUCAUCCCUAGUGUUUUGGACGUUAACAUGCUGGAUGGAGUUUUUCAAGUAUCAAGUGAGGAAGCUAUUGAAACUACUAAGUUGCUUGCCCUGAAAGAAGGUUUAUUGGUUGGGAUAUCUUCUGGAGCUGCAGCAGCAGUUGCAAUCAAAUUGGCAAAAAGGCCUGAAAAUGCUGGGAAACUCAUUGUUGUGAUAUACCCUAGUUCUGGAGAGCGUUACUUAUCUUCCAAGCUUUUUGAUUCUAUCAGGAAUGAGGUGGAAAGCAUGACCUAUUAGGUGUUGGUUUUAAUCAAGAACAAGUUCAUGAAUAUUUUCAACUUAUUAUAUGUAAUAGCCUUGGAAUUGCUGAUGUGCCAAACACUUAUGUAGAAGUUAUCGUGUAAAGGACUUUUUUUUGUCCCUUUGAAUAGGGGGUUUGGAGGAAUAGCGAACCAAACUGAUUCUGCCUGAUAUGUUUUCAGCCACGAAAUCAAGUCAAGUGACUGUGUAAAAGACUUCUGUAAAAAUCUUGUGUAAUUGUGGCUUCCCAGUACUCUUUUGACUCAUUUUAUUGAAAUACCGAAGCUUUGUUUUUGAGGGUGAACCUUGGUAUCACUUAAGGCUUUCCAUUUUUAUAUGAAAUGCAAAGGGUACGCUCCAAUCCUAAUUUGUUUA